GGCUGCCCUUAGCGCCGCCCGAUUGCAGUUGUGGCCUCACCACAGAGGGGGCUUAGCCCAGACUGAGCGCGGGUCCUUAAGCCGCGCGAAGAUAGGAGGCCGUGGUUCCCCGUCAUCCGGGCCAUGUCGGGCUGUCACCCUCCGGAGGGAGACUGCGACUCGCAGUGCUGCGGCGCGCAGGACAAGGAACAUCCAAGAUACCUGAUCCCAGAGCUUUGCAAACAGUUUUACCAUUUGGGUUGGGUCACUGGGACUGGAGGAGGAAUUAGCUUGAAACAUGGCAAUGAAAUCUACAUUGCUCCUUCAGGAGUGCAAAAGGAACGGAUUCAGCCUGAAGACAUGUUUGUUUGUGACAUCAAUGAACAGGAUAUAAGUGGACCUCCGCCAUGUAAGAAUCUUAAAAAAAGCCAGUGUACUCCUCUUUUCAUGAAUGCUUACACAAUGAGAGGAGCAGGUGCAGUGAUUCAUACCCACUCAAAAGCUGCUGUCAUGGCCACCCUUCUCUUUCCAGGACGAGAGUUUAAAAUUACCCAUCAAGAGAUGAUCAAAGGAAUAAGGAAAUGUACUUCAGGAGGGUAUUAUAGGUAUGAUGAUGUGUUAGUGGUACCCAUUAUUGAGAACACACCCGAGGAGAAAGACCUCAAGGAACGAAUGGCUUGUGCGAUAAAUGAAUACCCGGACUCCUGCGCGGUCCUAGUCAGGCGUCAUGGCAUGUACGUCUGGGGAGAAACGUGGGAGAAGGCUAAAACCAUGUGUGAGUGUUAUGACUAUUUGUUUGAUAUUGCUGUAUCAAUGAAGAAAGUCGGGCUGGAUCCUACACAGCUUCCAGUUGGAGAAAAUGGAAUCGUGUAAGACAAAUGAAAGUUUAAUGAUAUACACAAAGUUUAUCUUGAUUAUGACUCAAAAUGAAACUCGACUAUUCUUUUUAAUGAAUUGAACAUUUCUGUGAUACUAUUAAUUUGUCACUAAGUGCUGAAGAUGACCACCCUGAAUCUGUUCGGACAUUGGACAAUAUUUGCUAAUAAUAUAUUCUUAUAAUUUUAAAUGACAAUGCAGUGGAAUAAAAUAUUUCAUAAUGAAUUUUUUUUAACGUUUACUUUUAAAUCCUUAACAGCAAAAUAUUCUUUAAAUUCCUUUCUUACGUAUACUCCCAGAGAAUUCCUCUUAUUCUUUAAAGUUACUGAUAAUAUUGACUGGAUGAGAAAAUUUC